AUGACCUGGCGGCUCCCCCUUUAUAGGACGCCACCCCCCCUCGUGGACGCUCCCUUGAGGAACUCAACGUGCUGGCCCCCUGCCUCGAGAAUGUCUUCUCGGCGGCGAGCCCUGCGCGUGGGCAGGCUGUCGCUCGAGAGUGUGAUGCUGCAGCUGCCCUCGGUGAAGCUGCCCAAGGGCAUGCCCAAGAAGCUGUGCCAGAUGAUACAGGGGGAGAGGCUGAUGGACAUCUUCAGCUGCGUCAUCGACGACGGCGGCACCAUGAGCAAACGCGAAUUCGUGAACGUCAUCUGCGAACUCGCCUGCUCGGAUGUCGAUGUGGAGACGAUGCAGAUGCUCCACCUGCUCCGCCACAUUCAGGCGAGGGUGAGCCAGCUCGAGCCGGCGGGCGCCGCCGCCCCAGCGCGCUGGCAGCCGUCAGCCUCGCUCCGGGCCAGCCUGUCCCAGCUGAGCGUGAUUCCGCCCUGGGAGGUCGAGGCGCCCCAGUCUUGCCCGUCUUGCCCCAGCACCCCUGGGCGCGCCGGGACUCCCGACUCUGCUUCUUUCAGCCAGUCGCAGAUCGGCGAGAUCACGCACCCAGCGCCAGAAAGGCUCUCCGUUCUUUUGCCCUGA